CAUUGAUAGCGAGUUUGUGAAAAUGCCUUGCAGAGGACAGACGACUGUUGGGUUCCAUUAAAACCGGCAAAAAUAUCGAUUAGUAUGAGUUACUGUUUUGAUAACUUAGCGAACUUUUUAUGAGAUAUAUUUAGUUGUGUUUGUGAUUUUCGGUGAUAAUGGGGUUUAUAAAUCAAGUACCAGUUCUCCACAAGCCAUGGCACUUCCUUCGGACGUACGUGCUCACCAUCCCUCGCUUCGACCUGUUCCUGCAGGGCGCCAUGCUGAUCGUCAUCCUGCUGGAUCACAACGUCUUCCUGCUACUGCAGAGGGAUGCAGACACAGGACUUACCGUACCCUUGACUCAAGAUUUUGUCCUCAUGGGAGUGGGCGGUGCGGAGUUCUUCCUUGGAGCAGCCCUGGCAUGGUGGGGGCGAGGGAAGAGGAACUUCGCGCUGGCAGGCUGGCUGACGGCGGCUGCGGCAUCAGGCCUCGUCGUGCUGGCCUUCCCGUUCGCGGAGCCUAACCCGCCUUCAGUUGAUCUCUGCGGAGGAGGGGUAAUCUCAGGGUAUUCAGGGUAUUCCUACGACAUACACCAGUUCAUCGUUCCUCGAACUGUCUUCCUCGUACUCACAGCGAUCCUGUGCGCCUUCGCCAAGAUUAGCAUCUGGGCGCACGGAAUGACGUAUCUGGACGAUCAUCAGCCGGAGAAUGGGCCGUACUUUUAUGGAAUCCUCAUCUCCAUCCGCUUAUCCCUCGGACUCAGUGGCAAGGACUGGCUGCGCGGGAGUGCCGUUCGCGACGACUGGUGGGAGGCGCAGCUGUCCCUCUCGAUGCUGACGCUUAUGUUCGCCGUCCUCUUCACUCUCUUCCCGAAGAGGAUGCACAAUAGUGAGGGACUGUUGGUGGAAGUUGAACCCGAUGAUGGCGGAUUCUUUGCAGCAGUCGGCAGAGUACUCAGCAGAAAAUACCUAAUUCUUCAAAUUGGCGCUCUUGGUUUCAUCAAUGCUGGACUGUUUAGUUUCGUCUACUACGACUGGGACUACAUUGAAGCAAGAUACCACGUGGAGGCUGCGCGGGCGGACCUACGAAGCCCUACACUGGUCGCCAGAACAUUCCGACCUCUCGUCAUUAUCUUUUUUGUUAUGAUAUUCCGCGUGCGCUUCUCAGUGCGCCGCAGCGACGGCGUCAAAGCGAACACAGCUUCGCGCGUCGGCGGCAUAGUGGCGAUCUUCGUGGCCAUCUUCUUUGCUGUCAUCGCGGCCAUCUCCUGUGACACUGGCGACGUCGCCGGCAUGGAGGAUGGCACGUUUGAGAGCCCGAUCUGCAGUAACCAAUGCUUUUGCGAGUCCCAUCGUUACGGCUUCGCCCCAGUGUGCGCGCUGGAUACGAGUACCACUUACUUCUCGCCGUGCCAGGCCGGCUGCUCCGACUACGAGGACCUCAAUAGCUUCUUGGUUUUCGGCAAUUGCACCUGUUCUGCCAGCCUCGUGGUGAGAGGAGCGUGCGCGCUGCCCUCCUGUCACUUUGUCUACUCGAUUUAUCAAGUCAUCCUCACUGUCAUCCUUGCUGUGAGCGGUGCGGCCCUGCUGAUGCAAGGCAUGGUGUUCCUACGCGCGGUGCAGCGUCGUGACAAGCCCGUAGCAAUGGGCGUCAUGCUGGCUGCCAUAGGUCUGCUGGCGCAUGUGUUGGGACAUCUACUCUACAAGCUUAUUAGUCAUUUGACGUGCGCAUACUCAGUCGACGGCACUUGUCAAUUCCACCGCCCGACUAUAUUCUCUAUGGCGGCUAUCAGCGCGGGAUUCUGUUUACUCUCCGCCAUCGUUAGCAUUAUUGCGAGCAAAGUCGCGGUUAGUUCUAAAGGAGAAAAUGAAAGCAAUGGGGGCGUGGAUUUAUGAGUAAAAGGUGAUAUUUUUUACGUAAGGUGAAGUCCGUUAAAUAUAAAUAUUGCUCUCUUUGCUGUCCAUAAAAAGUAAUUUAAGCAUGGCUACCUUGGUCGGACUAAAAACAAGAAUAUACAAGGAAGAAUAAAAUAUUUCCAUGGAAGAAACUACUAGAAUUAGUGAGAAAAGAAACUUGAUAUUGGUAAAUGACAAUUUCGUGAAUUUAUUUUUAUAAGUUUGUUGUUUUUAAUGUUUUUAGUUUUGCAUUUUUUAUAUUGUAAGUAAGCAUCAGUUAUUUAUUUUAUUAUAAGGAAUAAUUAGGUAAUAAUAAAAUAAAAAUAUUUAUUUUCGAAGGUGUUAUAUUUUUUUAACAAUUUUUACAACAAUUCGGAACUAAAUGGCACGCCUAAAACAUUUCUCAUAUACACCACACAAAUCUUCUAAGCUAAGACAAAUUGUACUUAUUGUUAUAAUUUAUAAAAAAUAAAAUAAAUCCGUACAAAAUUGAUUUUAUUCAUUAAAUAAGACUUUUAUGUCAGCUUUACUUGUAUGUAAAGUUCCAAAGAUAAGUCUUUUCAUGUGGUUAAAAAGCGUAAGAUAAGUAAAUAAAUAAUUGACAAUCGUAAAAUAAAAUUAUAUUAGAAAUAUCAUUAAUAACAUUUUGGCAAUUUGUUAAAAAUUAAAUAAAUUCUACAACAUAUUACGACUUUACGAGGCUUCAAUUAAAUAGUAAUAUUUUUUUCAAUUAACUAAAAUUAUUGUAGUUUAAAUUAAUAAAUUCUGUACUAAUAAAAAGAAACAUUAUUAAAAGAUUGAGUAUAAUAUACGUAUUUGGCGAAAAAUAUGCUAUACAAAUAAAAGUAAGUGUUCCUUACUGUAAAAAUACGUCCAAAUAUCAAAUUCUUAUUUUCUUAUAGAAAUUAAGUACUGAAUAUUAUCAGUGUACGUUCAUACGUUUGCUUUUAAACAUAAGGUUUAUUUUCGUUUGACGACAUCACAGUGAUGGACACAGCAUUUGUGCCUGUGACUUUGUAUUUUAAGGCUAGAAUAAUAAAAAUCGAAGAUUUUAAAAUAUUAAAGUUACGGCUA